CUGAACAGAAGAAGUACGGGUUGCGCUGAGGGCUGCGGCUCAACAUGCUCUCAAAAUAUCGAGAAAUUUCGCGAAAGAUCUAAGAAAUUGUUGUGUUUCCGCUAACUUUUGGCAUCCAUCAAUCCUAGACUUCAACUGUUGGGAGUCCUUCGACUUCGAUCACAGAAAAACCAUCCUUCUAAUAGAAUCUUCAUAUUUUGACACGAAAUGGCCAAGUGGGGUGAAGGGGAUCCUCGGUGGAUUGUGGAGGAGAGACCUGAUGCCACAAACGUUAAUAACUGGCACUGGUCAGAGAAAAAUGCAAAUAGAUGGUCGCAGGGCAAACUGCAGGAACUGCUCAUGGACUUGAAAGUUGAAGGGGAGAAAGGAACCGCCCAAAUUAAGGAGGUGAGCAAGUGCGAAGGCGAAGCAGUUGUGAACAACAGAAAGGGCAAACUUAUAUUUUUCUACGAUUGGCAAUUGGACCUCAAGUGGGAGGCUAAAGGAAACGAAAAUGAUUCCAAACUCAAGUGCAAGGGAAAAAUUAACAUACCCAAUCUGAGUGAGGAAAACGCUGUCGAUGAAAUUGAUGUGGAACCCACAGUGGAAGAGAGUUCAGACUUUGCGUACACGAUGAAGCAGCUGAUGUAUGAAAAAGGAAGAAAACUCAUCAGAGAGAAGAUAGCAGAGUACAUUAGCUCUCUCAAGGAAGAAUAUUCGCAGGGUCUAAUUUUGCCGAAAAAGGAGGAAACGGAAGCCAAAGUCAUCAAACCAGCUGCUUCUAAAGCGCCUGUCAAGUUAAGUUCGCAGUCCCAGCUCUCAGGUGCUGUUAAAAACAUGAACAUUGACACUAUGUCAUUUACGUCUCGCCAAAAUCUUUUCUGUCCCAUCAACGAGGCUUACAAGUGCUUUACAGAACAAAGAAUGGUUGAAGCCUUCACAAGAGGACCAGUUAAAAUGGAAGCCAAGCCAAGAGGAAAGUUUGAGCUUUUCAAUGGAAACAUUUUUGGGGAAUUCAUCGAAUUGGAAGAAAACCUGAAGGUUAAGCAAUAUUGGCAAAACAAGUCAUGGCCAAGUGGGGUGAGGUCUAUUGUCGAGUUGACCUUUGACGAAGAGCCCGAAGGGACAUCAAUUGUUCUUAAACAUUCUGGCAUUCCAAGCAGUGAGCUUGAUGCUACCAAGCAGGGAUGGGAGCAGUACUAUUGGAACCCCAUCAAGGCCACUUUUGGAUUUGGUUCCUUCCUUACUGAUGUUCUGUGAUUCAAGGAGCCCACAAAUGAUGACAUGUAAUUGAAAUUCAAUUUAAUGAGUAUUUAUUUCUUUGGUCGCAUUAUUAUGUUUGCUAUGCAGAUUUUUGUACAACUAACUGAUAGACUUGCACCAUUAUUGUAGCAGAAUUAAAAAAUCUUUCGGUCUUUAGUGCAGUUUAUUACGUGUUGAAUAUGUCAGUGCAAUCUGCAAUAAAGUUGGCAAAUUUGAUUAUUGUGA